UCUUCUUCACUCAAUUUCUCUCUCUACAAUUUUCUCAUUUUCUCUCUCUUGCCAUAUUCUCAGUUGGCAUAAUAAUCUUGGUCAGUAAGUACAAAAGGAGAUAAUCAUUUCAGCAGUGAACUAGUAGAGCAUCUAGUUGCUUUCUGAUACAUGGGAAAUAGUGAGGAAGGAAAAUCUUGUAAGCCUGAGAAAUCAUCUUCGACCGCACCAGACCAGAGCAAUAUCCACGUGUAUCCUGAUUGGGCAGCUAUGCAGGCAUAUUAUGGUCCUCGAGUAGCUGUACCUCCAUAUGUUAAUUCUCCUGUUGCACCUGGUCAUGCUCCUCAUCCUUAUAUGUGGGGACCCCUACAGCCUAUGAUGCCACCUUAUGGUGCACCAUAUGCAGGAAUCUAUGCGCAUGGUGGUGUUUAUGCGCACCCUGGAGUUCCUAUCGUGUCUCGUCCUCAGGCUCAUGGAAUGACAUCAUCUCCUGCUAUCAGCCAAACCAUGGAUGCUGCUUCUUUGAGUAUGGACACUUCUGCUAAGUCUUCGGGGAAUACUGAUCAACGCACGAGUAAGUUAAAAGGUUCUAAUGGGCUUGGAGUCUCAAUAGGAAAUUGCUGUGUUGACAAUGGCGACGGUACCGACCAUGGACCUUCUCAGAGUGGGCAUACUGAAGGUUCAAGUGAUGGAAGUAACAUACACACAACAGAGGCGGGUGAGAACAGUAAGAAAAGAAGCCGUGAGACAACUCGUAACGACUCUGGUGACAGAAAGACUCAGACACGAAGCAGUCCACAACCUAGGGAAGUAAAUGGUGCUACCAAGAAGGAAACUUCUAUAGCUAUUAGUCCUGGUAACAUAGCAGAGAAAGUAGUCGGAACAGUAUUUUCUCCAACCAUGACUACUACUCCGGAACUGAGAAAUCAUGUCGGUACACUAGUGAAAGCUAGUCCAACUAAUGUUUCACGAAUCAGUCCUGCAGUGCCGGCCGAAGUUUGGUUACAGGAUAGGGGUAAGAAUGAACGUGAGAUCAAGCGGGAGAAGAGGAAGCAGUCUAAUAGGGAAUCAGCAAGGCGAUCAAGGUUGAGAAAACAGGCAGAAGCUGAAGAAUUGGCAAUACGAGUUCAAUCUUUAACCUCCGAAAAUUUGGGACUCAAAUCAGAGAUAAACAAAUUCACUGAAAACUCUGAGAAACUAAAGCUUGAAAAUGCCGCUUUAAUGGAGAGACUGAAAAAUAAACGACGAGGACAAGCAGAAGAGGUAACUUUAGGUAAGAUUGAUGAUAAGAGACUGCAACCAGUUAGCACAGCAGACCUAUUAGCAAGAGUCAACAACUCUGGUCCGUUGGAUAGAACCAACGACGAUAGUGAAAUUCGUGAGAAUAAUACCUCAGGAGCAAAGCUUCAUCAACUUCUUGAUGCUAGCCGGAGAACUGAUGCUGUGGCUGCUAGAUGAUCAAUAAUCACGACCGUGCCCGCCCUUUGGUGCAAGUUUCACUCUUACUGUUAACGCGCAGAAGCACAAUACAAAAAUGCAGAAUCGGAUUCUGAAACUUCAGAAAUUCUAAUUUUACCUAGUUGUAACUUAGCCAUGGACGAAGCUGAGGAAUACUUUUUUUUCCCCUUCACUUCAGAAUGCCAUAUUGCAAGGUCUUUAUGUAAAUUGCUAAUGUUAGUCAUACUAGAAAACUUGACUGGAGUGAAAAGAUUUUGGUUUGGAUGUAUAAAAGUAUUGCCUAUGGAAGCAGUGAACAAGUGAUCUUUGUGAUAUGACUGAUGCCUUUGUUGAAAAAUA